UUUAUUUACGCAUCUUCCAUUGCUAAUCUUAACCGUCAUAUUAGUUGCAAAUAUUCACAUGGCGCCACAAGGUGACUGGUGGAUAAAUUAUUUUGAUUUAUUAUCUUGUGAUUGAUACCAGUAACUGUUUUGCGUUAGUUUUGUGGUUUUGGCUAGCGAGCAGGGUAACAGAACUUUUUAUGCUGCUUAUAUCUCUCAAAUUCGUUUAGUUUAUUUCCUCCCCAUGUUAUUUGAGAUACAGUUCAACAAAUGCACCAGGUGUUUCGUUCUGGUAAAUUCUCAAGCGGUGCAACCCUUCAGUUGUCCACACCUGUCCGGCUGCAAACUGAAUUCGCUUGAGAUUAUAUAUACCUAAGAAAUCGCGUCAAGAUGUACAAGCAGUGGUCUGUAGAGUUAAAUCCAGAUGUGAAGCUAAUGCAGGAACAGACCGAAUCCAGCCUGCAGCCAAAUGGAGAAAAAACAAGUCCCAUAAGUGUUAUACUAGUUAGCUCUGGCAGCAGAGGAAACAAACUACUCUUUCGAUACCCGUUUCAGAGGGUGUCUGAAAACACUUCAUCAGCAACAUCAAAACAACGGAGUCCAUAUGUGCUGAACACCUCAAGUGACUCUGUAGAGGACCAGGAUGGCGAUUCAAGAGAACAAACUCCACUAACUGAUGAACAGUUGGUAGCAGGGUUUUCUGAUAGUAUUCUUGCCACCAUCUUGGCCACCAAGUCUGAUAUGUGCGGCAAGAAGUUUGAACUAAAAAUAGACAAUGUGCGCUUCGUCGGACAUCCAACCUUACUGCAGCCUCCACAUGCUGUUCAGGUCUCCAAAACUGACCCCUCCCCCAAAAGAGAACUGCCCACCAUGAUCCUGUUCAGUGUCGUUUUUGCAUUAAGGGCCAACGCAGAUGCCUCGGUCAUCAACUGUAUGCAUAACCUGUCUCGUCGCAUUGCCAUCGCCCUGCAGCACGAGGAGCGCAGGUGUCAGUACCUCACCAGAGAGGCCAAGCUCAUGCUGGCUGUGCAGGACGAGGUCACCACCAUGACUGAGACGGACGGCACCCCACAGUCACCGUUUCGCCAGAUCCUUCCCAAGUGCAAAUUAGCAAGAGACCUAAAAGAGGCCUACGACAGUCUCUGCACAACUGGAGUGGUUCGGCUUCACAUUAAUAACUGGCUUGAGGUCAGUUUCUGCCUGCCACACAAAAUCCAUCGUGUAGGAGGGAAACACAUCCCACCAGAAGCUCUUGAGUGCAGCCUAAAGGCCAUUCGGCCGUAUCACGCACUGCUGCUCCUGGACAACGAGAAGGCCUUACUGGCUCAGCUCCCACUGGACUGCUCUCCUGCUCUGGUCCGGCUCAUCAAGACCUGCUCAGCCGUGAAGAACCUGCAGCAGCUGGCUCAAGACGCUGACCUGGCUCUCCUACAGGUCUUCCAGAUAGCUGCACAUCUGGUAUACUGGGGUAAAGCCAUCAUUAUCUAUCCUCUCUGUGAGAACAACGUGUAUAUGCUCUCUCCCCAUGCAAACAUCUGCAUCUAUUCUCCUUUGGCUGAGCAGUUUGCCCUCCAAUUUCCAGGCCAUGACCUGCCCUCCAUGUUAGCUAAAUUCUCACUUCCUGUGUCUCUGUCUGAGUUCAGGAAUCCACUAGAUGCCCCUGUGCAUGAGGCCCAGCUCAUUCAGAUGGUGGUCUGGAUGCUACAGCACCGGCUGCUGUUUCAGCUGCAUACGUAUGUUUGUCUGCUGGUCCCGCCUAUUGAGGAGGAGCCUGAUCUGCGGGAGGAGGAGCUACCCCUAGUCACACGCGUUACAGGCCGGAGUCUGAGCACGCCCAGCGCCCUGAGUUUUGGCUCUCCCACAAGUAGUGAUGACAUGACCCUCACAAGUCCCAGUAUGGAUAACUCUAGCGCUGAGCUCCAAACUGGAGGAGACUCUCCUCUCAAUAAAAGAAUGACAGAAACUCUUCUGGCCAGCUUGACUGAACAUGAGCGGCAGGCGAUCCUCCGUGUCCCAGCAGCACAGAACCCCGAGGACCUACGCUUGUUUGCCAGGCUGCUGCAUUAUUUCAGAGGCCAUCAUCACCUGGAAGAGAUCAUGUACAAUGAGAACAUGCGUCGCUCGCAGCUGAAAACUUUAUUAGAUAAGUUUCGUAGUGUCUUGGUGAUAACCAACCACGAGGACCCCAUCAUCUCUCUGUUUCAAUCUCCACCUGACUAAACAGAUCAUCAAGCAUGCAUUUAAUAGAGAGUGUUUGCUUAUCAUCAGUGGCUUAAAAAAAUAUAAAAUUCAGGAGUGAAAUGCAUUCAUACAUGCUCUGUUUGAUAAGUGGCGAAUGAAGUGAGCCAUGCAUAAUCUACUGUAUAUAGAUGUAUUGACCAAAGAUUUUUAUGUUGUCAUGAUUUUACCUCAUGUGGUUUAUUUUAAUAAACGGUUCAGGGGU